AUGUCGGAUAUCUAUGGAAGAAAGGCUGGCAUCAUAUUCGCGACCACCUUCUUCGCUAUUGGAACUUUGAUCUGCGGUCUGGCUCAGAAUGCUCCCAUGAUGAUUGCCGGUCGCGUCAUUGCUGGUACCGGUGGUGGUUGUCUCAACACCAUUUCUACUUUCAUCGCUAGUGACCUGAUCCCUCUUAGAAAGCGUGGGCUCUGGCAGGGUUUCGCAAACCUCAUCUACGGCACUGGUAUGGGUCUGGGAGGCAUCUUUGGCGGCCUUAUGAACGAUCACCUCAACUGGAGAUGGGCCUUUUACAUUCAGGUGCCAUUCAUUUUGAUUGCCGGGCUGUUAGGAUGGUUCUUUGUCGACAUCCCCGUCAAGGAGGGCAAUGCAAAGGAACGUAUCAAGCGUGUCGACUUUCUCGGCGCCAUCACCUUGUGCACUGCUCUCGUCUUGCUGCUGCUUGGUCUCAACAGCGGUGGUAACAUCGUGCCAUGGAAUCACCCUCUGGUCUAUGUCAGCUUGCCCCUUUCCGGACUUGCCUUGAUAGCUUUCAUCUAUGUCGAGGACAGAGUCGCAAAGGAACCCGUCAUUCCCAUCCGCCUGCUCCUCCGCCGUACCGUGGCUUCAGCAUGUCUGACAAACUGGUUCCUCACCAUGGCCGUCUACGCACUCUUCUACUACGUCCCCAUCUACUUCCAGAUUGUCCAAGGCUUGUCCGCCACCGCAGCAGGCACAAGACUAGUCCCUCAAUCCAUAGGCACAGCCUGCGGUUCUCUAGGUGCCGGCGUCCUCAUGCGCGCAACAGGACGUUACUGGUGGCUGUCCACCUUUGCACUAACCCUCUACAUCAUCACCGCCGUCCUCAUCGCUACAACUUUCAACGCAGGUGUCAACGGUGUACUCCCCUUCGUCUGGCUCUUCUUAUCUGGAACAGCAUACGGCGCCAUGCUAACAGUCACCCUUCUCGCCCUCCUCUCAGCAGUUGGCCACGAACACCAAGCCGUCAUCACAUCCGCCUCGUACGCAUUCCGCUCUACAGGCUCCACCAUCGGUAUCACCAUUGCCUCUGCGGUCUUCCAGAAUAAGCUAUCCAAUGGUCUAAAUGAUCGCUUUGGACAUUUGCCCGGUGCUUCGGAUAUCAUCAGUCGUAUCCGAGAUGAUGUGGGCGAUAUUUCCUUNUUGCCUCCUGGGUGGGAAAAAGGUGUCAAAGAUACCUAUAUCGAUAGUUUGAGGGCUGUGUGGUUUGUUGUUGUUGUGUUGGCUGCUUUGGCGGGAGUGGUCAGUUUGUUUAUGAAGGAGCAUACUUUGCACAAUAAGUUAAGCAGAAAGUAG